ACCUCUUCUUCCUCCCCCCCCUCCUUCCCUCCCUCUCCUCUUUCCACCCUCUCUUCCCACUUUGCACAAUAAGUGAAAAUGGAUCACAGAGACAACAACGACAACACAUGCAUGAAGAGAAGCGCUUCAGAGUUGGCUCUCGAGGAGUAUCUCAUGAAAGCCAUGUCUUCCUCAGAUUCAAUACCAGAAACCGCCAUUAACACGUGCCCUCCACACCCUUCUUCUGAUUCCAAGAACAGGGAUCACACUUGUGGAUCAGCAGAGAGCCUUUUCUGGUUUGAGUGCAUAACCCCUCUCGCCACCAUCGAUGCUCAGUCAUCCAUCUGCGAGAACCUAUCAGCUGAUAGCCCGUUGUCCGCAAAUAAGCCAGAGGCAAGAGGAGAAGGGAGGAGAGCUGGAAGUGGAUCCUACAACGACCAAUCUGAUGAAGAAGAUGACGAGACAGAAGCUGGUCUAUCUGAACAGGCUGAUGAUCCAAACGGUAUCAAACGUCUCAGAAGGAUGUACUCGAACCGGGAAUCCGCAAGACGAUCUAGGAGAAGAAAGCAAGAACAACUGCAAGAUCUCGAGUCACAGGUUGAGAAUCUGAGAGGAGAGAACUCAGUCUUGUACAAGCAGCUCAUAGGUGCAACCCAACAGUUCCGGAAUGCAGAUACAAGUAACAGAGUUCUCAAAUCAGAUGUGGAAACUCUCAGAGUCAAGGUGAAACUAGCUGAAGAUUUGGUAGCAAGAGGGUCACUUACAAGCAGCUUGAAUCAGUUCCUUCAAACUCAUCUAACUCCACCACAACCAAUCAACACGCUGCGUUUCACGACGGGGAAUCCCUCCUCGGCCGCCAUUACAGUUCGCAGCGAGCAAUCUUCGUUCCCCGGAAUCACACUUACCAGACAGAACUCGAGCCUCGGGCUGUGUAACAUAUCCAGUGAUGCUGUGAGCUGCGUAUCUGAUAUUUGGCCUUGACGUUUCAGCCAAUGUCCUGUCUGGGUUUUCUGUCACUAAAUCUAGAAGCGAUUAGAGAAAUCGGUUGUUGUAUGUUAUGUAGAAGAGAUUCAAUAUUAUAGAUCAGAUCAAACAGCUCCAAGAACCGGACAAGAACACUCACGCGAAACAUUGGCACUUCUGUUUUCGUUCAGUGUUGGUUAGUAUUAACCAAACCUCAGGACAGUAAAAGUGACUGAUUUUACGAA